AUUUCCACAAGCAAGUGAAGCGUAACAGUGUGUGAGGAGCAGGCUAACACACACAGCUCCCACUCAGCAGCCCUCCACAGUGCUGUCUGUGAUGGAGGACAGAUGAUCACUGAAGGUGAACACUAUUCAUCGCGAUUGUUUCACCGAGUGAGAUUUAGUUUUAUUCUCUGCUACAGAGUGUAUGUGUAACACAAGUGGUAUUUACCGAGGACCCCCGUUAUUUACUGACGAGAACCAUUUCCACCCUUUAUUAGUUCUGAUACGGAUUGCUGGUUCGCUGUGUAUGAAGACUUGCGUGAUUACAGGGACAUAGUAUGUUCAUGCACGAACUGACGUGAUAACGGCACUGUAAAACAUGUACAGGGGAUAACCAGGCAUUACAUCUGAUACAUUAAUUAGCAGAAUUUUACUGUGGUACAUAGCAACAGAGUGUGACCGGUCAGAGCACACCUGAGCCAACACCAAGGCUGAACAUAUUAAUCACUGAACCAGAACUUAUUGACUACUGAACCAGAACUUGACCAUUGAACCAGAUCAUCAUUAAGCAUGGCCGUGACUGUGAAUACGCUUCAAAGAAGACGCCACGAAACCUGACAGCUGUAACUAGACGGAGUGACAGCCUAAACUGCGGUGGUCCAGGCUUAAUGGUGGCUGUCGUCUAACUUGUUUAGUCCAGGCUUCACUGUGGCUGUCUCAUGUACCCACAAUGACCGCUCAGGUCCUAUCUGUCCAGGUCAAGAAGGAAAUCAUGGACAGUGGUGCUGACAAGACUGACCAGUCAAAGUCCACCACUGCCCUUGACAUAGGGUCAAAGGUCACGGAUGAGAGCAAUCGUGGUAACGCUGUUGAAGUGGCCGUAAAUGGUGAGGGUGACCAAAAGAAUGGAACUAAGGUCACCGAGGCCGAUAAAGUUGUUGUGCCCACAGUUGCCAUGGUUCAGGGUAGCCAGGUGACUGAUGUAAACGCUGAACAGUUACAGAGACUCAUCCAACAGCAGUACUUGGUCAAUCUGAUUCAGUUUCAGCAGUCCAUGUUUCAGGGCCAAGCCGCCCUGCAGCAGCAUCAUCAGAGUCUCCUUACUGCCCUUGAUGGCAAGGGUGGUAAGGAAGGGGAGACAACUGUAGAGGCACCUGUUGCCCACCAGCAGGUGUCGCCAGGCAUCACGAUGGUGAAGGACGGACAAAAGCGGACAGUGGAAGGGCUGAGUGCAGAAAUUGGAUCAGACGUGGACGCCAUGGAGUUUGAUGACAGUAUGUUUAUAGAGGAAGAGUUGGAUGAAAAUGGAAAGCCUAAGAAGGUGGACGGACGGAUAAGACACACAGGUCUGUCUAUAGUCGGAGGUCGCAACAUAAACCAAUAUGGACGAGAAUUCACCAACGGACGUCCCCUGCCAGACCACUUGAGGGUACAGAUCCUUCAGCUGGCUCUACAGGGCAUCAGGCCUUGUGAGAUCAGUCGCCAACUACAGGUCUCGCAUGGCUGUGUCAGCAAGAUCCUGAACAGAUACAGGAAGACGGGCAGUAUCAACCCCGGACAGAUAGGGGGCAGUAAGCCAAAGGUCACGACCCCUGGUGUGGUCAGCAGAGUCAGGCAGUACAAGAUAGAGAACCCACAGAUGUUUGCCUGGGAGAUACGGCAAAAGUUGUUGAGUGAUGGAAUUUGCAAUGAGAAGAACAUCCCUUCAAUAAGUUCAAUCAACCGUAUCAUCCGUGACAAAGCUAUCCUACAGCGCAGGUCCCUGGACCUGGCUGGAUUCACGGACUCCGAAGAUACAACUGAUAUGGAUGACCUACCCCUGGACACGGAGGGCAUACAGAAGUACAUGUUGUCUGUGCCACACUUACAUGCUGCAGCUGCUCAGAUGCAGCAGGUGGGCGUGACGACGGCAUCAUCGGGGGCAGCUCCCAUAGAUACAACCUGUACCAUCAUCCCAAUCCAGGCCGUUACCUUGGAUGCAAGCCAAACGAUCAUGGUGCCAGCCAUGUCGGGUGUUGGUCAACAGAUGAUGUUGGCCCAGACACCUCUUUCACUCCCUCAGUCCCCUCCUCAAGUCCUCACACAGUCCCCCACUACAUCCCAGACUGACAAAUUCUCCCCAAAGGACAAACUCUCGCCAAAGUCAAAGGAACCUCAGGCCAAAGGUCAAGGUCAAAGUGGGGUCCUGGAGGGUGAAACACAAAUUAUGUCUGUUGAGGAGAGAAACACUGAUGAACUUAACAAGAGUGGAGGAAGCACUGGCUCCAAUGGAAAGUCGGAUGUGUCCAGACACAACAGCCUGCAAGCAGUUAUCUCGCACCUGAUCUCCACACAGACGGCAGCCAUGAUGAAGGAGGGCGAGAGCCUGGAUGAGACAGAUGCUGCCACCAAGUCCAUACAGAUGGGGUCUGGCGGGGUUGUCAUUAAUGCACAAUCUCCCGAACAACCUCGCACCUCAGCUCCCUCUAGUGUCAGUCCUACAAUGUCCUCACAGAGAAGUCCACAGACAAAGAUAUCAAGAGGUCGUUCACGCGUAUCUAGUCGCAGUGAAGCAAGUUCGUCUAACAGCUCAUCUCCCACAGGGGUAGCGAGAAGCACACCAGGACAGAAAUCGCGUUCCAACAGAGAGGUGGCUAGUAGGAUCCCAGUCAAUGGGAAUGUUGUGUUCAAUUCAAAUCCCAACCCAGUUGGAUUUGACAAGUUUGGUGCCAUAUACUAUGACUACAACUUGCCAGACAGGGGCCUAGGAGGAGGUGCCCAAGUUCCCACGAGAUCUCCAGUCCCACAAGCAGCAGUGGCUGGGCCUCAGACGGCUGGGCCUCAGACGGCUUCUAAUGUGGUAAACCUAGUGCCAACCAUGUGGCACUACCCUCAAUCUCCGGUCCAGCUACCUGUUACCAGUCCCAACCCCUCAGAGCGAAGUGGACCCUCCCCCCUCGACUUGUCGGCAGCUCACCCCAGGGAUAUGCCGAAAUUGAAAGAGGAGCCAAAAGAUGUUGAGAAAGUGGACACUCUACCCUGUAGUGAAGUCAUCACUCCAAGACCUCCACAGUUGGAGAAGGAACAGUGUCUUCCUGCAGACAGUACUUCUCCAUUCAUGUCUCAAAAUACUGGUACAAAGAUGCCCGCCGAAACACAGCAGGUUUUACCAGGACAACAGACGCCAUCUGGCUCUCCUCAGAGUGUGGGUGAUAAACAACAAAUAUCCAACAAACAAAGACUGUUAUAUGAACAGAACAUGCUCAUCUUCGGUGAAAAGGAGGUGGAGAUUAUUUCUGUCGGAAAUAAUAAGUGGAUUGUGAGGAAUGAGAAAGAAUUAUAUACGGUUGUGAAUAAAACAGGCGAGGAAGUGCUCAGAGAAACGAACCCUACGGAACUGUCCUCAGGUCAAAAGCUCACAAACUAUGUCACUUCUGUGUCCAACACUGACAAAACGCCUGCUUACUCUCAAGACAUUGUCAUGGUCGCAUCGAAUAUGGCAACCCUAUCUCAGACUGCUGUUGGCAGUCAAAGCUCUCCGCCAAACAAACGUCAACAGGAGUCCAACAGUAGCAACCAAGGAAAUGACUCUCACAAAAUUCUUAAACUAUCUAACGGAGAUGUUCAUAGGCAGGUUGCCGGUGCUACAGAGGUGUCAUUUCCCUCCUCAGUCGGGGUUGUGAACGUGCCACUAGUGAACGGUGAACAACCAAAACAACCAUCCAUAUCCCAGAAUUCCACACUAGUUCAGAGUGAAUCUAUAAAUAGCUCAAAUCCUCAAAACUCCGUGGGAGAGGCGGAUGAUAGGGGAUUCCCUGUCCUGCAGCAGAUGUUGAAGCCUGCAUAGAUAUAGUGAAAUUGAUGUCUUCAAUUUCUAAGAGAAAUAUUCCCUACGUCCAAAGCUUAAGACUGUUCAGUGUGUCAUAUUAUUAUUGAUUUGUUGUGUUGGUGUUUACAUAUCCCUCAAUGGACUUCAUUGAAAUCAGACUUAUUAGUUCCCGUGAAAAAACCCAGAAACAUUCAUUAUUUGUCUAGAACCCCUGUGUGAUGAAAUCCAGUUUGAUGCUUAUGAUGAUUAAUAAUUAUAUAUAAAAUUCAAAUUUCUGCAAUAUUGUUUGAAAGUUGUUGUAGCUGUAGUAUCUUGUUAUAAAUGUUUUGAAUAUUUUUAAUCCAAAUUUAUUGUCAUCAUUAGUAAUUUGGUUUUACUGUUAUAGCUUGUCCUCGUGUUAGCCCGGACAUCCAAACAUUUUGUUAUCUAUAUACCGAGUUGUCAAACAGUAUGAAAUAUAAAUAUUUUAGAUGAAAUUAGAUUUUUAAGGCUUUUUAUGUGAAAUGGUAGUAUUUUAUCUCCAGAAUGAUUUGCCAAAUGCUUUAAUACAUUGUGAUUUACGCUAGAAAAAAUUGAUAUACCAAGUUCAUCCAAGGACGCCGUAUAAAUCCUGCAACAAAGAAUUUAAUUGUCUUGUGCACAACUUGAAGUAAAAUUAGUCCCGGGGUUUGCUGGAAAGCCAUUCUAUACAUGGUAUAGAACUGUUCUCCUGUUAACAACAGCUUUAUUUUAAAUCCUGACAUUUUAAUUUGAUAUUGAAACUUUAGUGGCCAUACCAUGCAGCAUUAGUAGUGUGUAGAUUUAAAUUAUGUUAUCACAAAGUUCUGGACUAUUUACACUGUACCCAGCAGGCCAGUAUAUAGAAUAUACCACACCUGUUAUUUUCUCAAGUCAAAUUCUUUAGUUAUCUGACUAUUUCACAGAAAUUGUUAAUUUUUUUUUAAAUUUCAGAAAGCCAAAAAAAAUCCUAAAAAUCCACGAUCACCAAACAAAUUGCAGUAAUAUGGAAAUAUACAUUUUAAUAUCUUAAUACUGAGAUUUUCAUUUUUUUUUAUAAAUUACUUUUACUUUUUAAUAACACAUUCAAGCAAGCUUACAUUGUCACUUUCGACCAUGUUUUGUUUUAUCAUCAGGAAUUAAAUUGUUAUUUUACAUAUUUUUCCUAGUGCAAAACAUGAAAGUCACUCAAGGUAGACAAGCAUAUGUACGGUACAGAUUCCAGGAUGUCUGGAUCCUUUGGUUAGACUAGACCAACACAGUUUUAUGAGUUAACUAAACAAUACAAGAAGAUGAGUUGUAACGUGGUUGGUGACACUGGAAGUGGAACGUGUUGUAAUUCAACAAGGCUUUACUGUGUACUAUGUUGGGGCGUAGACAUAUUCCCAGAUCCAAUGUUGAUUUGUUAUUAAGGGAUCCUUUCAUGGUAAACCUCUAAUGAUUUGCUUUACAAGAUUUUAAUCUUAUUUUAUCUUGUUUAUAUUUUAAUUAAGUUAUUUGAGUACAAAAAAGGUUACAAAUUAAUUAUUGCAUUUGUUACGAAAUCCCAGGUUGUUUUGGCUACGGCUGUACUUGUUUUGUUAGUGUCGUCGCCAUGACUUCAGUUUCCAUGGAGAUGUAGAAAUUUAUAGAUAUAUAUAUAUAUAUAUAUACAUAUGUAUUAUCCUUUGCUUUGACAAUCACUUGAAUUCCAUUUUUUGUGUCUGUUGUAGAAAUGUUUCAUUUUAAAUGUAACAAUUUUUUGGGGAAGUUGUUCCUAAUUGUUAGAUUAUAUUGUUAUUGGCUUGUAGCGUUGGAACUCUUUCUGGCUGAGCACUGAGGCUAAAAAACAUGCAGUUUAAAUAUUGCACCAGAAAAGUGAAAACCAUCCAUGAUGCUUUGCUUGAAUUUUUUUGUAUAAUAUCCAACCAUUUUAUAAUUUCUUUCAGAGCUAGUCUAUUAUUUAGUAGUGGCAUACUAUUAAUAGAUUAAAUGUAAUUUUCGUUGUGACCUGUUGACAGAAGUUCCUUUGUCAUCUGUUAGUGAGUGGCAUGCUAGUAAAAGAAGUGACACAAAUAAAAGUUCAUCUUGAAAAAUUGAAGGAUAAAAACGUGAUAUAGAACUAAUUUUAAACACUGAUAAAAUGGUUUGAUUUGUAUCAUUGCCAUUUAUUAGCUUAAGCUUCAUUUCCUGUUACUUUGUCCCAUUGGUGGACAAGUCAUGAUAUUUUUGUGACUUUUCCUUAUAAGAUAAAUUAAUUUUAUGCCUACGUGUAAUUAAUCUAUAAAUCUCUCAUCAUGGUACAUGUGCAAAGUGAUUUGGUCAAAGGGAAACAACUCUGUCACUAACCCACGACAAACAGACAAGGGUAGCAAAUACUCGUUCCUGAUCUGGAGUAUAUUAUGUUGAAGUAAAUUCCCCUUCCUAUCAGAUAUGACCAAAAUAUUACACAAAUUCAAAUUUUUGGUUUCAUUAUUAACAUUAAUAUUCACAAAUUCUCUUUUUGUAUACAAACAAGCCAAAUAUGAAUAUAUGAAAGGUGUAUUUUUUGUUGAAUAGUUUUGAUUGAAUCAGCAUUACUUGCAAUUACAAAGCAACGUCAAUAACAUAACUUGUAUAAAUACAUAUUGAUAUAUUUAUUUAACUGCACUGAUGAAAAACAACUUCAGAUCACAUUUUACAACUCUGUUUCAAAAGAUGUUGAUUUUUUUUUUGUAAAAAAAAAAGAAAUAAAGAUGUUGAUUUUAUUUUUACCGAUAAAAAAAGAAAUGUUUAUUUUUGUUGUGAAAUUUUCAUGGGAAUUUUUUUAUUCAAUUUGUCAUGGCAUUGCCAAACUUUAAAUGUAUUGAAUGUUUAUCGUCAAUUUGUUUAAGUAUUGUGAUACAGUGAUGGGACAACAAUUCACAAACCAGGCCCAGUCGGACUCUGUUGUCACAUGAUCUUCAUGUAUAAUAAGUUGUGAAAAUGUCAAUCUCAAUUCAAACUGGUUCAUAAUAUUCCGACAUCAAUCAUCAAAUCUUAGCUAGAUUAGCAAACAAAAAAUGUCCAUGUUUUUUUUUUUUUUUUUUUUUUUUUUUUUUUUUUACUUUUACACAAUAUUCUUAAUUUCAUACAUGGCCUAUUUUUUUAAAGCCUUACAAGUCUGAGAAUGUUGUGAAAUUGGUAAAGGCAAUUUACUUGUAUGCAGUUAUACAUGUUUGAGGUACUUUCGUAUUCUUAACUGAAAUGAUCCCUUGUGCACUGACAAUUUUCAGGAUGUUAGACGGAACAUAGCUAAAUGGUGUAUUUUGGAUAAGUUGGAUGGAGCUGUGAGAAUUUAUCUACAAGUAAUACUGCAGCAAGGUUUGCUUUGAUCUAUUCUGGCCGUUGAAAAUGCUAAGUUUAUUUUCAGCAUUGUUAAAAUAAGGAAAAAGUGUACCAAAAUUUUGGAACAAUUCUUACACAAGUAGAUUUGAAACGUCACUUUUUAGUUGAACUUUGUAAAAUGAUAGAAAAUAAGAGUGAAAAUUGUAUGAACCUAAGGAAGGUGCUGUUUAAAAUCAAUUUAAACAAUUUCAGUGUCUGUGGCGAGAAUUGGUUUUCAUUUACUUCUGUACAAUUGCAAUUGAUGAUGUUAUUCCUUUUUGUAAAGUUUGUUUCGCUGUCUCUGGUCGUUUUGUAUUAAAAAAGAAGCUUGGUAACUAGUUGGUCAAAAUGAAAUUACAGAAAUUACUUGUCCUGUGAAAUGCAUGCUUUGAUAUUUAUGUGGAUAUACAAAUAUUUUCAUCAUCACUGUUAUUUAUUUAAUGUGUUAAUAAAAAAAUGAAGUGUAUUUUCACAGAAAACAAUCAAAUUUUUUUUGCAGAGGUUAUGUCCCUUUGUAGAAAUCCAACACAUUGCAGUGCAUGCAGUGAGAUUUUCAAUGUAAUUUGUUUCUGGUACUCUGAUUGUUUAUAGAUAGGAACAUCACAAAUACAUAUCAUCUUUAUAAUACCUUCACUGUUGCUUUUCUAAGGAAAAUCUUGUAGCAUUUUCAGACUAUACAAACCUUGUUGGAUGUUGUAUCUUUGUGAACUUGCCUGUCGUCCCAGCUGAUCAUGGUUGAUGCAAACAUAUAUAUUUUGUAGGAACUUGGUUAUUGUGUUCUUCUGUCCGCUUUCUUUAUUUAAAAAUACUUUCCUAUUUAAUCGAUCAUGAGAAAAGGCAAAAAUAUGUUUGAAAAUUUGUAUCAAAUACUGGUAUGCAUGACCUGUUAGAAAAAAUGCAUGCGUCUUUUUUUAAUUUGUUACUUUAGGUAAAAUGGGAUGCUUACCAUAAAGAUAAUGAUGGGCAGCUAUUUCAAGAAAAAAUAAUUAAAUUAUGACUUUGUCCAGAACAAUAUAUAAUAUAAAAGAUGAAGUUAAGUUUAGGAUUCAUGUUUUGUAAUAUACAUUUGUGUUCAAGUAUUCUGAAAAGUUUUUUUUAUUUGUUCAGUUAUAAAAAUAUAUAUAUUUAAACUCCUGUGUUCUUGAUAAGCAUGACAUAAUGAUGGUUGUUGUUUGGUAGUGAGACCGACUUGUUGAAUGGUGCGUCAACAUCAAGGCCCACUUGGUCAAACUUUAUCAGCAAAGUCUGUCGGGUUUGUAUUGUUAAUUCUGAUUGUUUCAAACCCCUGAAAUCAUUGAUAAAGGUUCAGUGUAUUCUACAGUGUAUACAAAUUUAGGUUAAAAUAAUCCUGGGUGACGAUAUGAUGAUGGAUUUCUUGUAAUCAGAUAUUUGAUUUAAGAAAAAAACACAAAGAUUUUCCUUUUGAAUUUCAAUCAAAAAAGAAAAGAAAAAAUGCUUAUUUGGAUUUGAAUGAGUGGGCUAAAUUGCUGCUAUCAUAAAUGUUGAUUAAUUCGCCAAAAUAUGUUUUCCUGAUCGGGAAUAAUUAUGAAGUAGAAUGAUGAUUUUCACUGAUUCUAUAUGUUGUCAGCAAAAACGUAAAAGUCAGUGAAAAUUUAAAACAAUAAUAGAUUUAAUUUUGAUAUUGCUAGUGUUGUAUCUUCUGGUAUCUUCUGUGUACACUUAAAGUCCGUGUCUAGUGAUGGACACAUUCUACCGAUAUUUCUAAUUACAGCCCACACUUUCUAUUGUACCCAGUGCUAGUACCUUUGGGUGGUGUUUUUAGAAUCUAUAUUUUCCAUGUGUUUGCGCUUGUUUGUUCUAUGCUUAUGUAUAACAGAGUUUCGUGUGAUAAGGUGAUCACUUCCUGUGAAGGCCGACCUAUUCAGAGAAAAAUCAGGUUGUAUAUAUAUAUAUAUACAUUAUAAAUAGCUGAUAGUUUUUAAUUCCCUUUUGAUCUUGAUGUAGAUCACUCCAUGAAACCAAAGAGAUAUGAUGUAUUUAAGGUGACACACUGCUGUCUAAAAAGCACCCACCAACACAGAAGAGUUCGUAAUCAUUUUAAGGGAUUUUAGUUUUCCAUCAGAAUGUUACUGAAGAUUGCAUCAUCAGAUAUUUCAAAAACAGAGCCAAUUGUUGCUAUAAGACAUAUCUAAACAUAUUUUAACAACUUAUUGGUUUUACAUAAUGAAUUAUCCAAAACGUUAACAGUUUGUUAUCACUUGUGUGAUUAGUGAGUUAAAUAUUUAAAAUGAUGAACAGUAUAUAAAAGUGUCGGAUUACAAGGAAAAGUUUGUUACCAGUUAAUCAAAACUUGGAUGAGAUAAAAGAAAAAAGAAAAAUUGGCAUUCAGUUUUCCCCCCAUCACGUGAUGUUUCAAUUACAGAACUCUUGUGUAGUUGGAGUCAGUUUUGUAAUGCUUGGUGAUGGGAGCAGGGUGUCACCCUAAGCCUGUAGAUGAUUUGUGCUGUACCAAUUAAUUGAGACAAUGACUUUACAAUGAUGGAGGCCUAGCCGCCCACUGUUGUCUUGGUGUGUUGUUUGUGAACUAUGUCAGAAAUACUGUGUUAUUAAAUUUAAUACGAUUGUUGUCAAUCGCUGACAAUCAGUAAAGUGAUUU